CGCGAGCUCGAGGACCUGGGCGCCGACGUCGUCGUCACCGAGUCGCAGUUCAUGUCGCGCGAGUGGAGGGACCGGCUGGCUGAGAUCACCCGCCAGGGCCGCGAGCAGAUCGGCCUCGGCCUCAACUGCGUCGGCGGCAAGUCCGCGACCGCCAUCGCCCGCUCCUUGGGCGAGGGCGCUACCAUGGUCACGUACGGCGGCAUGGCUAAGCAGCCUGUUGCUCUGCCUGUUGGUCUCUUGAUCUUCAAGGAUAUCCGGUUCCUCGGCUUCUGGCUGUCCAAGUGGAACGAGAAGGAUGUCGAGGGCAGAAAACACAUGAUUAAUGACAUUCUAAGCCUGAUCCGGGCUGGGAAGUUCCAAGAUGUACCUGUCGACAAAGUCAAGUGGGAUUGGGACACCGAGGAGUCCACCCUUCGUGAUGCCGUACAAGGAGGACUCCAGGGAUUCAGAAAAGGCAAGGGAGUUUUCGUCUUUGGCGAGACCUGA